AUGGCAAUAAAGCUCAUGGCAAAAAUAUUGUUGUUGCUGCUUACGCAGCUACUAGUGCCGCGGGCCGACGCCGGUAGCUGGCAGAGCUGCCGCGAAGUGCCCGUGGCGAAGUGUGGUGUAGGUGACAGCCGUAGUGAUGGUCGUGAGUACCGGUAUGACAUUGGAGUGUACCGUUACAGGUGGAACGAGGACCCGUUUGAGGCUUACAGCUACAAAGGUCCCUUUGAUACCGUCCCUUUGGGCCAGGCUUUCCAGUCUUGUCAGGUCUGCUCAAACGAAACAAGGCCUACCCAGGGGGGUUCUCCUCCACAAUCCAUAACCGACAUCAUGAUUGUUGAGAACAACGUCGGUAAGCUUGGCCCUGACAAAGCAGAGAUCCUGUCUCAGAUCCCAUGUGGUACAGAUUGCAGGCUGUGGUUUGUGGGUUGUAACCUAACGACAAUAGAGGUAGGGGCGUUUGCUAAGUUGCCACAGGUAUCUACCCUGGUCAUCUGGCGGAGCAAUGUCCAGACUCUGAAGAACGGCACGUUUAAUGGGAUGGAGAGCCUCGAGUAUCUGCUGCUGUUGGAGAACAACCUGACACAUCUGAAGGGUGGCUGCCUUGAUGGGUUGCCCAGCUUGUCAAACAUCAUCCUGGUGGACAACCAAAUCCUGACGAUAUCACCUGACGCUUUCCGGGGGUUGCAGCCGCGGUGGGUUGACGUAAGUGCCAAUCUUAUCGCUAACGUAGCCCCGGGGACCUUCCAGACGAUCAAGUCCGUAGUGUAUGUCCGCGCCGUUGAGAACAAACUUCGGUCGAUCGGCGUGGAGAUGUUCCACGGGCUUGAGCGGCUGGUUUCCCUGAACCUGCAGGGUAACAGAAUCUCCCACAUUGCUGCCGGCGCGUUCUACUCAAACACGGAAUUGACUACCCUAAAUCUUGCAGCAAACAGGCUGACCUUCCUUUCUGGCGGGUGGUUUAAAUCGUCCUUUCCAGACAAUAUCAUAGCCCGUGAUAAUGGUAUUGCAGUUAUUUUGUCGGAAGGCAGGGCAUUGUCAUUUACCCGGAGAAUCCACAUGUCUAACCAGCCGCGCUGUACGUGUGCGAAUGAUUGGCUUUACGACUACGAGGGGGGCUACAUAAAGUUCAAGCAGCGCUUCAUGCGUUUACUAAAUUUGCCCCCGGGAACCCACAGCUGCCCCGCCUCGGCGCUGAUGCGGAACCUCCCCGCGCCCGUCUCUCCCAGUCACACCCUGCCCUGCCCGCCACCAAUGGUGGAGAUUAUGAAGGCCGAACACAACCCUGGAUACAAGUACACGGUAGUUGGCAGGGUGUAUUGGGAGCAGUUGCCCCAAGUGUCUUGGACCUUCCCUAAUGACUCACAACACACACACGACAUAACGUAUGACGCAAACACGACAACACACGCUACUCUGCCGACAGGCAACCUAACCGUAAGAGUGGUGACCGACCUUAAGGAUGAGGGCUGGUUGAAAUGUAAGGGACCAGCAGAUAACCUGUCCGGGGACUCACGAAAUCACAGCCUGUGUUCUAACUACAUGGGGAGGUCCAGCUUCACCCUUUGGCUUGAGGCUACCGGACCCUUGUCCUUUGGGAACACCACUUGUACGGUUUCUUCUGAAACUGGGUCUGACACUGUGGUUUUCAUGACAAGUGAAGGCACAUACUCUGGCAUCACCACACCCCAGGCAACAGAACCCUCACUCAUCAACACGACAAUAUUCUCAAUCACCAUGAGUACAACACCGGUGCCUACCGGCAUCAGCACUACACCACUGACCAUCAGUAAAAGUGAUAAUGCUUAUGAAGGGAGCAUCUGCACAUGGAACAUAGUGUUGUCAUCUAUUAUCUGGUUACCGGCUGUUGCGGUGGGGCCCGGGGUUUUGUUCUGUGUCAGGUGUAUCAAGCGCAGGCUCGGACGCAAAGCUCCAGAUAACGGCACAUGUUCAUACCACAAUGGUAAUGGUAUUUCAGUUGGCCACCUGGAUGAACCAGUGAUCUGUCCGUACGCUGAAGGUGGUUUCGAGGAUCACGACAGCUUGAAUGAGUCAGAAUCAGUCAUCAGCCCUUACGCUGAAGGUGGUUUCCAAGACCACCCUGAUUUGCGCAGGGCCGGUUCUUCUCAGUCAGAAGCCGUCCCGUACGGACAGGCAAAGCUUUGCGCAGCGUACCCAGGCCGCCCCCGCGCGCACACACACCCCGUGCCGUCCCGCCCGUACAGCGCCGAGCGUCCCCGCCAGACACCAAACAGGGAAGGGGCAGUCGUACCUGGCUAUGGUCAAAACGGCAGCGAUAAGUCAGGCAAAACCUGCUACCAGCACCCAAUCAUUCUCCCCAAACCAGGUGCCACCCUGUCCUCUGCCUACCAACAGAAUGCCAGCGCCGCUAAGCGUUCCCGUAAGGCACGUUGCUACAACUCCCCUGCCACUAACACAGAGAUUGUCCAGUCUAACACAUAUGCCUAUGGUCCAAACGGCGGCGAUAAGUCAGGCAAAACCUGCUACCAGCACCCAUCUAUCCUCCCCAACCCUGGUGCCACCAUGUCCUCUGCCUACCAGCACAAGCAGAAUGCAAGCGCCGCUAAGCGUUCCCGUAAGGCACAUUGCUACAACUCCCCUGCCACUAACACAGAUCGUACGCUGUCUAACACUUAUGGCCAGCAUGGCACUAUUGCGACGGUCUGUAACUCCGUAGCGUCUCCUAUGGCCAGUAGCUACGACCCUGCUGCCCCGCGCAGAAGUGAGACGGACACUCCGUCCGCCGUCUACGAUGAAAAUCACCGCAGUCAGCUCGCCACAAACCGGGGAAACAGUUAUAUCUGCCCCUCCCCUGCGACUAAUGGCUGGCCGGUCCCCGGCAGCUGUAUACUGUCAGAAUGA